GGGUGGCACAUCCACCCUGCUAGUCUCCCGCUUAAGCGCUGUCUCUUUAAGACAGUGUCUGCCCUCGGGCGUCGCCACGUGACUGGCUCUUUGUCCGCCACUAUCGGACGGUAUAGAAAACAAGAGAGGAGGUGAGGAUUUGCGGAACAGUGAAGGACACCCGGGAAGGGGCGUGUCUUCCGGAUGGAUUUCUCGUCUCAUCAUACUCGUCUCCUGAAGCAGCUGGAUGAGCAAAGGCGGAGGGAUUUGUUUUGUGACUGUCACAUUCUGGUUGAGGGACAGAUGUUUAAGGCUCAUUGCAAUGUACUGUUUGCCAGCAGUGGUUACUUCAAGAUGCUUCUAUCGCAGAGCUGCAGGGAUAUGGGGCAGCCCAUCACAGCCACAUUUGAUGCCUUCUCUGCUGAUACAUUCAUUGCCAUUCUGGAUUUUGUCUACUCGGGCAAACUACCCCUCACAGGGCAGAAUGUGAUUGAGGUCAUGGCUGCAGCCAGCUACCUGCAGAUGACCGAUGUGAUCAGCGUAUGCAAAGUGUUUAUCAAAUCCUCACUAGAUAUCAGUGAAAAAGAUGGUGAUGGUCUUGUUCAUUUGUCAGGGCUCCAGCUUGGUCAUUGUGGCCUUUAUAAUGCUGGUUGUGAAAUGGACAAGUGUCCAUCUAGUUAUUCAGAUAGGGAUGAUUCAGGGUGCCUAGAGGUUUCAAAUAAAUGGAACCAAUUUGCCUUCUAUCCUAGGAGCAAUAACUUAUCUUCUACAUUAGAUGACAAGUCAACAUGCCAAAGAGCAUCAGACAGACGUAAUGAUAUGCCUCAGCUGCCCAGCUCAGCUUGCCCAGAUGAGAGACCCAGGGGUUGCAGGGUUCCAGAACUCAUUAACAGUGCAUUUGGUGCUGAUGUAGAAGUAAACAAGAGUGAAUACCCAGCUACAGAGGAAGCUUUUGUGAACUGCUGGACAGUAUCACAAAAGAGUGAGAGGAGAAGGUUAACUCAGAAAAGCAGAGCUUCCAAAGCAGACCAGCUGUAUGCCACAAUGCCAACCAUCAUGGGCAUCAGAGGAGGAUGGGGAGAAGAUAUUUUGCCCAGCAUGAGAUUCAAGUGUCCAUUUUGCACGUACAUGGUCAAAAGGAAAGCAGACCUAAAACGCCACCUACGAUGUCACACAGGGGAACGGCCCUAUGCCUGCCAGGCCUGUGGCAAAAGAUUCACAAGACAGGAGCAUGUGCGCAGUCACUUCCGGAGUAUCCACGAGGCUGGUAAGCCAAUCUGUAGGAGAUGUAAAAGACACGUCACGGAAGAAUCUGGCCAAGUGGUUCAGGAGGGUACUAGACGUUACAGACUGUGCAAUGAAUGCAUGGCUGAAAUUGGAAAGAGCAGUUUUCCAAUGGAGUUGGAUGAUGAUGAUCCAACCAUCAUAUUGUCAGGAGAUGAAGACAGUGAGCCUCUCUGGAGCUUCCAUGAAGGAACACAAUCAUCCGAACCAGAGAUUAUAGAGGAAACAUCUUCUGACCUCAUCAUACAUGAAGUGGAUGACAGUGAUGAUGAAAUCAAACCCAUUGACUGUUAAAAUUGGGGAUGAGAACAGAUUAGCACACAGAGAAUUCGGUUGCAUAACAAUAAGAUAUAUUUAUGUGUAUUCAUUUUGAUAGUCAACUAAUAUACACAUAAGCAUGAUGUGUAUAUGGGAUGCAUGAAGAAGCGCAUUUAGAAGUAUUACCCGAGAGAAUAAAUUACACUGUGUUUGCAUUGUAAAUAACUUUUUUUCUGAUGCAAAAUGUUGUGAUAAAUGUUGAAAUAUACUGAAUUUGAUUUUGUCGUAAUGUUCGUGGUGGACACAACUAGUCAUUUAAGGCUUACAUUACCUGUCAUAUAUCGAGGGCAAAUGCAGUCUGAGCUGUGUGCAGUGGCGCUUCCAAAAAGAGUUAUAUUGAAGCAUAUAUGAAACACUGAGCAGGUUUAGUAGGUCAUUUGCACUACUGAGGUCCAGCAUUGACCACUUUUCAUUUUUAUUAAACUGCAUAAAACAUAUACAA